AUUGUUUUGCGAUCGCUUGAUUUCGAUUUCGCUUCCGCUAGAUUCAUCGAUGUGAUCGAUUGAUUUCGGUUUUCUAUUUCUAUAUGCUUUUCCGUAUUCGUAUGAAUUUUCCGUGAUUUAGUAUCUAUAUGUUCGUCUCUUCGUGUGCUCAUAUUGAAUUUCGAUAAUCGAAUUUGUUAACGUGGAUGUGGAUUUCGUAUAUCGUUAUCCAAAUUUCCGUAAAAAAUUCCAAUUUGAUUCCGUGAUACAGACAAGGUGUGUGAGAAGAAGAUGAUUGAUUUUCUAACGGAGAAGCCAGUGAGUAGUAAAAGAGAAGGUCGUAGACAUGGUGGAGAAGAUCGAAUAAGCUUAUUACCUGAUCCACUUCUUUGUCAGAUACUCUCGAAUCUUCCUACAAAAGAUGCGGUCAAGACAAGUCUUUUGUCCAGUAAAUGGAGAUAUAUUUGGCUUUCGAUUUCCGAGUUGGAACUAGACGACGAAGAGUUCGCAAACUCCGACUCAUUCGUGAGUUUCGUCGACAGAUUCAUCGAUUUCUCCGUGGAAUCACCUAUUGAGAAGCUCAAGCUCAAGCUCACUUCAAAGAGGGAGAAAUGUAGCCCAUUUGCUAUCAAUUCAUGGGUCGACGCAGCGGUCAAGCGUAAUAUCCAGCAUCUCGAGAUUGAUUAUGCUAAAAGAUAUUUAGGGUUUGAGCUUCUUUCUACAGACAUCUUCAUCUGCCAGACUCUGGUUUGCUUAAGACUCCGUUUCGUGGCCUUGAACGAUUUCGAACGUGUCUCUUUACCUCGUCUUAAAACCAUGCAUUUAGAAGAAGUCAGGUUCGUGAAUCACUUGGCUUUAGAGACCCUUGUCGCGUCUUGUCCAGUUCUUGAGGAUCUGAGCGUAAUUAGAAGCCAAGAUGACGUCAAGGUCUUACGAGUUUGCUCUCAGACUAUAAACAGACUCAUUCUGGUUCUUGAUGUUGCUGAACUUCACCGUAACCGUUGGGCAAAUAGUGACGUUGUGAUUGAUGCUCCUAAACUCAAGUAUUUGAGUAUUAAAGACAACCAAUCGACAAGCUUUACUAUAGUAAACAGCUUGUGCUCAUCUGCUGAGGUGGAUAUUGCUGUCGAUUUCAAUGUGAAAGAUGUUUUAAAUAUUAAUGACUCGGGAAAGAGAAGUAGCAUUGGUUGUUUUCUCGCAAGGAUCUCGAGUGUCAGGGAUAUGACCAUAUGUUGGAAAACUUUCAAGGUUAUCCGUCACUACUGUAAAUUAGAACCACUACCUCAGUUUUGUUACAUGUCCCAGUUGCAUGCUAAAAUCUUUGCUGUGGAUUUGGAAAUGUUGCCAGACCUUCUCGAGAGCUGUCCGAAUCUCAAAUACCUCGUCUUGGAACUGAAUGGUUCCAUUAAGAAGGAUGAGCAAAUGAGCUUCUCAUCUUCUGUGCCUUUGUGUUUGCGAUCAUGUCUAGAGCACGUGGAGAUGAGAAAACCAAUUAGUGGAUUUGGAGUAGAAAUGGAACUAAUAAGGUAUUUCCUUGAGAAUUCAACAGUCCUCAAGAAACUUACUCUGCGUCUGGGUUGUCCUAGGAUGAAACAAGAGUCUAUCAUCUUCAAGGAACUCCUGGGAUUCCGAAGAUGCUCUAGCGCGUGUGUAGUCGACGUUGUUGGACUCGAAGAGACAUUGAUGAAACUAUGAUUGAAGAGAUUGUGUUUCAACCAGAGUCUGCUUUUUGUCUCAAUCUUUGGGUUAGAUUAUUCUCACCAUUGUGUCUGUGUAAUUAUCAUAUUCUCUUAGAGAUGUGUAGGACUCUAAAGAUUUGUAAUUUAGUGCUGUUAAGACACUGAUAUUGAUGGUGGACAUCAGGUUUCUGUUUUAAA